GUUCAGUGCCCCCCAGGCCCCCACCUGCCCCCAGCAUCCACCGCGCGGCCAAGCUGGGUGCCCCGGGGAGUCUGGCCGCCAUGCCACCUCCUCUUCUCCUCUUCUUCCUCCUCUUCCUCACCCCUGAGGGAGUCAGGCCCCAGAAAACACUGCUGGUGGAGGCUAAAGAGGGAGGCAAAGCUGAGCUGCCAUGCCUCAAAGGUCCCUCAGAUGGUCCCCCUGAGCAGCAGGCCUGGUUUCAGGGGGCUCAGUCAGAGCUGGACCCAGGUUCACAAGGCCUGGGCAUCCAGAAGGGGCCCCUGGGCCUCCAGCUCCUCAUCUUCAACGUCUCUGACCAGAUGGGGGGCUUCUACGUGUGCCAGCUGGGGCCCCCUUCUGAGCAGGCCUGGCAGUCUGGCUGGACAGUCAGCGUGGAGGGCAGCGGGGAGCUGUUCCGCUGGAAUGCUUCAUACCUAAAUGACCCAGGCUGUGGCCUGGGGAACAGGUCCUCAGAGGGCCCCAAGCCCUCUUCUGGUUACCCCACAAGCUCCCAGCUGUACGUGUGGGCCAAAGGCCACCCUGAGAUCUGGGAGACAGACCCUGAAUGUGCCUUGCCCAGGGGCAGUCUGAACCAGAGCCUCAACCAAGACCUCACCGUGGCCCCUGGCUCCACAUUCUGGCUGCCCUGUGAGGUGCCCCCUGCCUCCGUGGCCAGAGGCCCCAUCUCCUGGACCCUCGUGCGCCCCAAGAAGCAUAACAUCUCAUUGCUGCACUUAAACCUGAGGGAGGAUGCCCCGGUCAGAGAGAUGUGGGUCCUAGACACCCUCAGGGGAGGGGCUGUUCUGUUGCUGCCCCAGGCCACCGCUCAAGAUGCUGGCACCUAUCAUUGUUACCAUGGCAACAUGACCAUCGAGAUGCAGCUGAAGGUCACUGCCCAGUCAGUAAGACACUGGCUGCUGGAGGCUGGUGGCUGGAAAGUCCCCGUUGUGCCAUUACUUUAUCUGAUCAUCUGCCUGGGUUCCCUGGUGAGCUUUGUUCAUCUUCGAAGAGCCCUGAUCCUCAGGAAGAAAAGAAAGCGAAUGACCGAUCCCACCAGAAGGUUCUUCAAAGUGACGCCUUCCCCGGGAAGCGGGGCCCAGAAUCAGUACGGGAACGUGCUCUCCCUUCCCACGCCCACCUCUGGGACGGGACGCGCCCUAAGGUGGGCUGCAGGCCUGGGGGCCGCCGUCCAGUCGUAUGGAAACCCGCGCAGCGACGUACAGGAGGUCGGAGCCGCGGGGCCCCGGAGCCCGCCACCAGCAGGCCCAGAAGAAGAGGAAGGAGAAGCCUAUGAGGAGCCGGACAGUGAGGAGGGCUCCGAGUUCUACGAGAAUGACUCCAACCUCGGGCAGGACCAACUCUCCCAGGAUGGCAGCGGCUAUGAGAACCCUGAGGACGACGCCUUGGGUCCCGGGGAUGAAGACUCCUUCUCCAGCGCAGAGUCUUAUGAGAAUGAGGAUGAAGAGCUGGCCCAGCCAGUCGCCAGGACAGCAGACUUCCUGAGCCCCCAUGGGUCUGCCUGGGAUCCCAGCAGGGAGGCAACCUCUCUUGGUGAGAAAUGGCUAGGGACCCUCCUGCCUUGCCCAGAUUGGGUUGACCUGGCCUCAGCGCUGACUCCACACUCAACCUUGACCUUGACUCCGACCCCAGGCCUACUCCUGGUCUUAGAUGGACUCCUAACCUUAACCUCCACCCCAAUCCUGAUCCCCGUAUUUACCCCAUCCCCAACUGUGAACAUCAGCUCUGAUCCCAAUCCGAUUCCAGCCUGGAUUUUGACCUCCACCUCACUGCAGCCCCAGCGCCAACGGCAGCUUUGACCCCAGUUGUCUCUACAACCUCCUCGUGACUGUGACUCUGACUUUGACUUCUUCCGGUUGGGUUCUUGACAUGGAUUAUAAUCUAAGCCAUACCUGACCGUAAUCACUCCUUCCUAGUACCCACGGAUCAAGCCUUCCACCUUCCUCUGCCUCUCAGAUUCCCUCUGUAUGUCAGGCCGCACUUCCCUUCCCCAAGCCCCCAGCAUGGCGCUAGGCCUCCCAACUCUCCUGCCC